GCGAUUGAGAGGAAAAAGAGAAGGGGUUUGGGGCCUGGUCGGCUAACCGAGGCUGCGGGCGGCUGGGCGGUUCCGCGGGGCGGUGUCCGGAGAGCUGCGGGGCCCGGGCCCCCGGGGUUCACGCCACAACUCCAGGAGGUGUCUGAGCCAGCGCGCCGGCGAGGAGUAGCGGCUAGUGGGACCCCGCGGGCCGGGACCAUGGGCUGCUUCUUCUCCAAGAGGCGGAAGGCUGAGAAGGAGUCGCAGCCGGAGGGCGAGGAGGAGCGGCCGAAGCAGUACAGCUGGGACCAGCGCGAGAAGGUUGAUCCGAAAGACUACAUGUUCAGUGGACUGAAGGAUGAAACAGUAGGUCGCUUACCUGGGAAAGUGGCAGGACAACAGUUUCUCAUUCAAGACUGUGAGAACUGUAACAUCUAUAUUUUUGAUCACUCUGCUACAGUUACUAUUGAUGACUGUACUAACUGUGUCAUUUUUCUGGGACCGGUGAAAGGCAGUGUGUUUUUCCGGAAUUGCAGAGAUUGCAAGAGCGCAUUAGCCUGCCAACAGUUUCGUGUGCGGGAUUGUAGAAAGCUGGAAGUCUUUUUGUGCUGUGCCACUCAGCCCAUUAUUGAGUCUUCCACGAAUAUCAAGUUUGGCUGUUUUCAGUGGUACUACCCCGAAUUAGCUUUCCAGUUCAAAGAUGCAGGGCUCAGUAUCUUCAAUAAUACCUGGAGUAACAUUCAUGACUUUACACCUGUGUCAGGAGAACUCAACUGGAGCCUUCUUCCAGAAGAUGCUGUCAUUCAGGACCAUGUUCCUCUACCUACUGCCGAAGAGCUCAAAGCUGUCCGCCUUUCCACAGAAGCCAGUAGAAGUAUCGUUCCAGUGUCCCGGGGUCAGAGACAGAAGAACAGUGAUGAGUCAUGCUUAGUGGUAUUAUUUGCUGGUGAUUAUACUAUCGCAAAUGCCAGGAAACUAAUUGAUGAGCUGGUUGGUAAAGGCUUUUUCCUGGUUCAGACAAAGGAGGUGUCAAUGAAAGCUGAAGAUGCUCAAAGGGUUUUUCGGGAAAAAGCACCUGACUUCCUUCCUCUUCUGAACAAAGGUCCUGUUAUUGCCUUGGAGUUCAAUGGAGAUGGCGCUGUAGAAGGAUGUCAACUUAUUGUCAACGAGAUAUUCAGUGGGACCAAGAUGUUUGUAUCAGAAAGCAAGGAUGCGGCAUCUGGAGAUGUAGACAGCUUCUACAACUUUGCUGAUAUACAAAUGGGAAAAUGAAGUGCAAUGUGGAACCAAGGACUUGAUUUUAAGCCCUUUUCAAUUUGUGUAUUAGCAAUGGUUUUUUUACUGAUGCUAAAAUUGUUAGUCAUUUUUAAAAUAAAUUGUUGAAUACUGCAUCAUUUAGUUGAGGUUCAAAAAGAGUUCACUUUAAAUUAAGUCGUUUUAAUCAGCUUAAAAACCAUUUAACCCAGUUCAGUGAGCUUGUAGGUUUUGUUUCUCUGCAUAUGAUACUGUUAUUAGAAAACAGAAGUGGCUAACAGUUCAUGAUUUUAGUCCUAAUUAAACGUUCUUUCAAAUCUCUAAUUUACACUUUCCUCAGUAC